GGGUGGUGGUGGAGUAACUUUAGGGUGAGGCUCCGGUGGUGGUGGUUAAGGUGAAGCCCUCCUAACUGUUCAUCAGAGAGCUGAUCUCCCCUCCCUCCCCUGCUCGCUGUCAGGCUACUGGCUGCUAGCUGCUGCUAGCGGAGCGGGGUGGGGAGGGCGGCUGGGCUGCUCCUGGGGUCUGGUUCACUGAGUGUCGCUCCGGUGUGGAGGUGAACCUCCCCGGGUCCCAACAGGGCUCCGGUCCAGGGCUCUGGUCCAGGCUGGGGUCCGAGCAGGUGGCUCCUAGCUAACGUGCUAACCUGUGGGAGGUCGGACGACGAGCUGGAGCGGAACCCGGGCUGAUCAGGGAUCACUUUCACUUCGGGAAACGUUUGGAAGCUGCUUAUUUAAACCCAUGUGUGCGUUUCCACAUGUUGCAGACAUCCCCACGGGCAGAAUCUAAACACCUCCACCCUCACAUGGGUGGAGGACACCGAGGAGUUUUAAAGUAUUUAGCCCGUUUCUCAGUGAUACGACAGGCUGCGCCCCCAGUGGCCGGCUGCGGUACUGCAAGUCCUCAUGUACAGUACAACCCUCCAGCAUCAAACUGUGUAUUCCUUGAUCAAAUACAUAACAUCGGGAUUCCCAGAAUGCAGAGCUCCGAGGGCGGGUCUGACUCCUCGUCCAGCGUGGCCUUGCGUACGUCCACGCCCACCCAGGCGCCGGUGGUGCAGCCCGUGCCAGCUUCUCAGCAGAGGGUUUUGGUCCAGGCCACAGGCUCGUCUCAGAAGGCAGUGCAGGUUCAGCAGGUACAGCACAUCUAUCCAUCCCAGUACAUAGAAGGCGGGGAAACCGUUUACACCAAUGGAACCAUCCGCACCGCCUACUCCUACAACCCCGACGCCCAGCUGUACGGGCAGGGCAGCGGGGGGGCCUACUUCGACUCGCAGGCCGGCGGCGCCCAGGUCACCACGGUGGUGUCUUCGGCCAGCAGCGGCAUGGCGCCCCACAGCAUGGUGGGCAUCACCAUGGACGUGGGCGGCAGUCAGAUCAUCUCCGGCGGCAGCACCUACCUGAUUCACGGCGCCGGCAUGGACGGAAACCGCUACCACGCCUCGCAGUCCUCCCGCUCCUCCUCGGCCAUGCUUGAAAUGGCGAUUGAAAACCUCCAAAAGUCUGAAGGAAUUGCCACUCACAAAAGCAGCCUCCUCAACAGCCAUCUCCAGUGGCUGCUGGACAACUACGAGACGGCGGAGGGUGUGAGCCUGCCCCGGAGCUCCUUGUACAACCACUACCUGCGCCACUGUCAGGAGCAGAAGCUGGACCCCGUCAACGCCGCCUCCUUCGGCAAGCUGAUCCGCUCGGUGUUCAUGGGCCUACGCACACGCCGGCUGGGCACCAGGGGCAACUCCAAGUACCACUACUAUGGGAUCCGCGUGAAGCCGGACUCGCCACUGAAUCGCCUGCAGGAGGACACCCAGUACAUGGCCAUGAGGCAGCAGCCCGUCCACCAGAAGCAGAGGUUCAAGCCUCUUCAGAAGGUAUACGGUGUGUCGGAUCACCUGUCGGGGGGCUCCCAGAACUCUGCCAGCACCCCGGAGCAGUCUGUGGCUGCACAGAGCCAGCACCACCAGCAGUACAUCGAUGUGUCCCAUGUCCUGCCUCCGUUCCCCUCCCCUGACCUGGGCAGCCUGCCUCUGCCGGAGCGCAUCAGUCUGGACGACAUCAAGAAGCUGCAGACGCUCUACAGGGACCACUGCGAGGCUACGCUGGACGUGGUGAUGAACCUCCAGUUCCACUUCAUCGAGAAGCUCUGGCAAACCUUCUGGUAUUCAGCGGCGCCCUCUAGUGACGGGAACACCAACCUGCCCACCAGCGACGACGACAUGGACGGCGUAAUCCCCCGAGAGAAGCUGAUGGCGCUCUGCAAGUACGAGCCGGUGCGGCUGUGGAUGCGGAGCUGCGACCACAUCCUGUACCAGGCGCUGGUGGAGAUCCUGAUCCCGGACGUGCUGCGCCCCGUCCCCAGCACUCUCACUCAGGCCAUCCGCAACUUCGCCAAGAGCCUGGAGAGCUGGCUGACCGCCGCCAUGAGCGACUUCCCCCACGAGAUCGUGCGCACCAAGGCGGCGGUGGUCAGUGCCUUCGCCCAGACCCUGCGGCGCUACACCAGCCUGAACCACCUGGCGCAGGCAGCGCGCGCUGUGCUGCAGAACACCUCCCAGAUCAACCAGAUGCUCUCAGACCUCAACCGGGUGGACUUCGCCAACGUGCAGGAACAGGCCUCGUGGGUGUGCCAGUGUGACGAGAGCGUGGUCCAGCGGCUGGAGCAGGACUUCAAGGUCACCCUGCAGCAGCAGAGCUCCCUGGACCAGUGGGCCGCCUGGCUGGACAACGUGGUGUCCCAGGUGCUGAAGCCCCACCAGGGCAGCCCCAGCCUGCCCAAGGCCGCCCGCCAGUUCCUGCUCAAGUGGUCGUUCUACAGCUCCAUGGUGAUCCGGGACCUGACCCUGCGCAGCGCCGCCUCCUUCGGCUCCUUCCACCUCAUCCGGCUGCUGUACGACGAGUACAUGUUCUACCUGGUGGAGCACCGCGUGGCGCAGGCCACCGGGGAGACCCCCAUCGCCGUCAUGGGAGAGUUCAGUGACCUCACCUCGAUGAUCCCAUCGCUCAUGGACAGAGACCCGUCCUUCUCCGACGACAUGAGCGACAUGGGCAGCGACGGCGACGGGUCCCGGGACCCCAGUGAGCCGGCCGUGAAGCGGGAGCGCAUCGAGAUCAACCACUCGCUGCAGGAGAUCUAAAGCCAGCUCCUCUGGACCUCAGUGGACCCAGGCCCCCUGCAGCCCCCCCACAGCCCCCCCACGGCCCCCCCCGGGGCCCCGCGGCCCCCCCGGGGCCCCCUGCAGCCCCCACGGCCCGGGGCCAGGUGCUCGCUGUACAUAGACAGAAGCAGCCCUUCCUAGUAUGUGUACAUAAUGCUGUCUUCUACCCAGGUAAAGAGAAGGCUGCCUUACGGGGGGGGGGCUUUUUUUUGUAACUGUGAACAAGGACUUCGUGCAGUACCUGUUUUUCCUCCUUUUGUCUCUGGAUGUGAAACCUUUCGUACGAGUGGUGCUCCGUGGUGUGUAGUCCGACCCCAGCCCGCCCCCUAUAGCUGUGCCAUAGUGUCAUUUGAGUGCCUUAGAAUGCUAACUCCUUAAACCACCGCCGCUACAGAUGUCUAUUCCCUCCCUCAGCUGUGCCUCCUACCGCACUAUGAAUGUAUCGUCUCCAAAACCUCAAGACGCUCCACAAACCUUUAAGUCUCUUUCGGUGGAUCUCUUGUGGCCUCCGCUGCAGCUAGCAGCAUUAACAUAACCACCGCUUUAAAAUGAAAAAGAGACAAGAAGUGAUAAAUGCACAUCCUUCACUCAACCUACUGACCCUUAGGAACCUUGUUCCCCUCAGAUUAACUCCAACCAGCUCAGUGACAGCUGCCCUGUUAGGUCAGUAGGGCCUAAGACUGAUAACAGACAGACACAAGCCCUCCUGGUCCGGCUACAGAGCAGUCAGGACGGGGUCUCAGUGGUUCUAACACGGUUCAUUACCUCAAUAGGCUUCAAGUGCUUCUUGGUUUGGCUCUGAUGACAGAGCGGUGUAAAGGAUGUAGCCACUGUUAACGUUGUCCACCGGUUUCCUCACUUGUUAAUACUCAUCACCAUGGUUUUCUUUAACCGAAAUAACAGAUGUCGUUUUGUCAAGAGCCAUGUUUUUAUGGACGCGUUCGACAGCCUUACCUGGUGUGUUGAAGAGUCCUGAUCCUUAAAACCUCUGAGAUGGAGAUAGGAAAGUGGACUGCUUGACUUUAAAAGGCAAACAGCCACUGUAUAGAGACUGUUAUCAGAAAUCCUUCUGCAUAAAUAGAAUCAAUUAAAUUACAGAAAUCCUCACUUCUCCUUCCUUUGAGUCCGUCGUCCUGCUACCCAGGAGAUCGACCCAUUCAAAGAACAAUGUGGUUGGACCUGUUGAAAGCAAAAAUCCUUAUUUAGAUAAAUAAAAUUGAGCACCCUGGUAGCCUGUUGGCUGAGGCGGUGACCUGGAGUUCUGCAGAAGUCUGCAGAAACACCCAGAUGUUCAUGGGACUUCUCUCCCCCCCCCACCACAAGAGAUUUUUGUACGACAGCUCAGUUAUUUGAUGAUUUGAAACUGAAAUGGCUCCCAUAACAUGUGCCUAUAGAUGUCUUGCUAUAUAUACAUAAAUAUAUAUAUAUAUAUAGAUCUAUAUAUAGCCAUAGUUUAACCAUAGACCUAAAUAUGAAACCAAGAUACUGUUAAGAUAUAUGAAUAUAUUUCUUUAUAUGACAUAGAAAAUGUGUGUGUGUAUUACUGUGGCCUUUUGAACUUCUAUCUUGGUACACUACUUCUCGUCAGUAAUGGUCCUAUUUUAUUGGGGUUGGUGUGUGUUGGAGAACAUGGGCUUGAUGUUUAAUUUAAUGGUUUAGACUGGUGUGAUACAUUUCAAAUCUCAAUUGUUCAUAUGAAUGUUCUUGUUAUUAGUUGAUGUGCCGCUGAUGCACUCGAGUAAGUUGUGCAGUGGUCAUGAAAAAAAAUAUUUAUACCGUUUGGCCCAUUUGAUAUCUUUUGUGUUUUGAAAUUGGUUUUGAUUGUUUUGCUGGAUCCUUGCGUAACUCCCCUCUGGUUUUUGUUGUAGCCAUGAAGAUCUAAGUUUGAGUUGAGUUAUGUAAGGUUUUUCUUUUUGUAACAUGUGCCUGUCACAGUAAUUUGCCUUUAAGUGCUUUUGGGAAAUUCUUAUGUACUUUGUAAUGUUUUUGUAAUGCUGUUUAGACAUUUGGCUGAGAAUAAUUUUUUUUUAUUGAAUUAGAUUUGGUUCUUCUUACAAGUAUACUGAACCUUUAUUUUAGUGUAUUUUUAAACCCAUUCUUGACUACACUUUACAUAGCCUAAUGGCAGACAAUGGUCUGUAAUAAACUGCAUAGUUCAACUGUAUUUUGUACCUGGUCAAAAUGUGUAAUAAAUUGGUGUAAACCACAAGA